AUAGUAGAGUAAAACUGAAAUGGCGGCGUUAAUAGAAGGGCAGCAAUAUGGUCUUUCUUCACAGGGAAACAUAUUUAAUAACAAAUCCUUAAUAUUUGUAAAAUUGACUGAUUCGGCACUGAGAAGUAUUGAGGAUUAUUUGAAAUCCAGGGACCAUACACCAAACCAACCAACCAUUCAAUUUGAAGAUAAUAAGGGGGUAAUUCGGUUACCAGGAGGCUGUAACACUGAACAAAUUUUUGGCUUCACUUUGGCCAACAUUGAAGCUGACAGUCCGCAAGGCAGUUUUGAAUGUUUGCAACAGAAAGGGUCAAGGCUGCUCGAUUCAUUAGGUUCCAUGACGUACAAGAUGCAUAUCUGUGCUAAUGAGGAUAGUUACCAAAACACACGAGUUAAAAUGACAGUUGCAGAACAAGAGAACAAGAAAAAUUGCACAAAGAUUAUCAAGGAAUCAGGACCAUAUGUAGGAAGAAAGGUGAAAAUGAAAACGUCAGUUGCAUCUAUUCCUCUACCAAAACCUUCCAGCCUUCUUUCAUAUUCUGCCUUAUCAACUUCAAAGCCUGCACCUAAACCUUUGUCUGUGUCAGGUAGUUCACGUCUAAGUCAGGCUGGAAGUUCUCAUGCUAAGGCAACAGUUUACCAAAAGUCCCUUAAUCCGGACAUUUUAAAAAGAACUUAUAGAGAACGUGUAAUUCAUCUGCUUGCACUCAGGCCAUACAAGAAACCAGAACUCCUUGCAAGGUUAAUGAGAGAUGGGAUUAAAGAGAAAGACAAGAAGGGUCUCAGUGCAAUAUUGAGCCAGGUAGCAGUUCUUAGAGAUAAUACUUUUCACCUCGCUCGUCAUGUUUGGAAUGAUGUUUGUGAUGACUGGCCAUUUUAUGGUGCUGAAGAACUGAAGCAGAUGAAGAGACAAAAACCACAAAAUCUAACACCACCUAGUGAAAGUGAAAAUCGUUCCCCUUACGUUCCUCAGGAAUAUGUCUCCACUGUAUCACAGAAGCGUGUGUCAACCAACACUGAACCUCAUCAAACAAAGAAGCAGAGAAUAUCUCACUAUAAUAAGUCUAACCAGCUGGGAAUGAAUUCCCAUGGAUCAAUCCCCUUGGGUUCCAGAUCAAAUUUAGUAAAUCAAGAAUGUUGCAAAACUGAUGUAACUAGGUCUGAUAAUCAUCAAAGGUUAAGUCAUUCCAAUGCAGACAGUUUCAUGGAAAAUAUUGGAUGGCCUGAUGGCAACUCUAGACCCAGAUGCACAAGUGGUGAGAACUUAAGAGUUGACCCGACAUCAAUUAAUGUCAGUAAGUCAGACAUUCAAUUAGGGCUGAAGGGAAAAGAUAAUCAGACAGGCACAACAAUGGACAAGUAUCCUGUGUUUCACAGCCGAAAGCGUAUUAUGCCUUGCAAUGAUAGAUCUUCCGUGUCUUACAUUGAAAAAAUUGAACUUAAUACUCACUCUCAAAAUCAUUCCACAAGUGAAAAAUCUCAGCAGAAGGUGCCAAGAUUUAGACAGUUAUGCAUGUCAAAUCUGCCACCUGUUGAUCAUUGGCAAAAAAAUAGCAGCAGCAUUAACUCCUCAAGCAUCAAGAAUGUGGAACCAAAGUUUUAUACAAGUGAUUAUAGUAAUCACAAUAACUGUCACAACUUUCCAAAUGAGAAAUUUAACAAUAAAAAGUCAAAAGCUUCUUCAACAUCGUGUGGUUCAUUGUCAGGAGAAUCCUCUCCUGCAUCCAGUCCAGACAGCCAGUUUAGUGUUGAAUCCUCAGGUUAG